GUGAGCGAAUCACUUGCUACAGUCCUUUUCACCAUAGCGACCAUUGCCUCUCUAAGAGAGGGGUAAAACGAGAGGGAGAGCCCUAUCUACUGCUACUACUAACUAUCGGUGGUUCCAGUGUCAAACCGGGGCACCGAAGCAAUUGUCGCCGCCGACCGCGACGACGACGACGACGUCGACGACUUUGCUAGCCGAACUCAACUGAACUGAACUGAACAGAACAGAACUGAGCUAUUGAGGCAAAGCAAAGCCCCGUUGUGGACAGCUGCUGCUCAUCAUCAUCAUUACAGAUUAUUAUUUAUAAGCAGGCGAGAAGCCGAAGACCAUAAAUCAAUCAAUAACUGGUCAGACCUAGAACGGAAUUAGAUAGAGCAGAGUAAAGCAAAAAAAGAAAAGAAAAGAAAAGCCAGACCGAAAGCCCAAAGAGCCGGGCAAGUUGCCCGUGUCGAGGAGGGAAAUAUGUUGGCAACACCGAGGGGCAGUGGCAAUGGUGGUUCAGCAUCCACAGCAAACACAUCCACAUCCGCAUCCUCGCCGCCAAGUAAUGAGAAGCCAUUAAAUAAUGGUUAUCUACAAGCGAAUGCUCUCGAUGAGCUAAACGCCACAGUGGUCUCGCCUCUGAUAAGUGGGGGAGCCAGCCAAAUGCAAUCCCAAGCGCAAUCACAGCAACAGCAACCGAAUAAACUACCCACCGUGGUCUAUCUUAGUCCGGAUGGCAGUGCUGUGGGUAGUGCUUUGCAAAGGAACGCCCCUGCCCUUCCACCAUCCUCGAAUGCCUCAUCGUCACAGCGUCCCAGCGAUUGGCUAAUCAAGGAAUCCCAACAGCGUCGUCGCCUGUUAGUCCUGGCCAUUGCGUUCACAGUCCUGGGAGCAGCCAUUGGGGCAUUGGCCAUUUAUUUUGCCAGCUUGCAUCAGCGCUGUCAACUUUAUCAGCGCAAUCUCGAAACGGAGGCGGAUGCAGUUCCAGACGAGAAUGGCAGGCGAGGCACAAGACUGGGACCAAGUAUGGGAGUGGGAGUGGGAGUGGGAGUGGGAGCGGAAGAGGGUAAGGAACAACCAAAGGGACAGGGACACAGCCAGGACAACAUCUGCAUGACACAGGAAUGCGUGCGAACAGCGGCAUCAUUACUCUCUGCCAUGGACUUGACAGCCGAUCCGUGUGAGGAUUUCUUUCAAUAUGCAUGUGGCACAUGGAACAAAGUGCAUCCAAUACCCGAGGAUCGUAGCUCGAUUAGCACGUUCGAAGUGCUGUCUGACCAGCAACAGGUCAUCCUAAGGGGUGUCUUGGAGGAGCCCAUCGAUGAGCGGGACAACGAGGCGACAGUCAAGGCGAAAACAUUCUUCAAGAGUUGCAUGGAUAUACCCCAGAUCCGCAGGAUCGGAGCUGGACGCCUGAAGGAGGUCCUCAAGCAACUGGGCGGCUGGCCAGUUAUCGAACGCCAUUGGCAGCCCCCCGCCAAUCUUUCUAUUGAGAAGCUAAUGGGUCAGCUGCGUUUAAUCUAUAGCGAAUCGGUUCUGAUUGAACUCUAUGUGGGGGCCGAUGACAAGAACAGUUCCGUGAACAUCCUGCAAAUGGAUCAGCUGCAAUAUGCCCUGCCAUCGAGGGACUACUAUCUAAAGCCGAGUAGUGCGAAUGAUCGAAAGGCAUAUCAUAAGUAUAUGACCCAGAUCUCCUUGCUGUUGGGUGCUGAUCCGGCCACAGCGGCUGACGAAUUGGAAAAGGUGGUGCACUUCGAGACACAAUUGGUGAAUGUCUCACUGGCGGAGGCGGAUCGGCAUGACACGAGUGCGGUGUAUCGGAAAAUGGAGCUACCGGAGCUGCAGCGCCUGGUACCCCAGCUAAAUUGGACCGAGUAUCUUCAGACGGCACUGGGUGAGAGCAUUUCGCUGCAGGCGGACGAACCGCUGGUCACUUAUGGUCUCCAAUAUCUCACUGAAAUGGGUAAGAUUCUUAGGGCGACCGAUCCCCAGGUGGUUCACAAUUAUAUGCUAUGGCGGCUGGUUAUGUCCCUGAUGACGCACAUGAUCGAUGAGUAUCAGCGGGAGCGAGUCGAGUUCCGUAAAAUCCUGCUGGGCAUUCAGUCGGAGCGAACACGCUGGUCCAAGUGCGUCGAAUGGACCAAUAAAAAGCUGGGCGUGGCCGUUGGAGCACUCUUCAUUCGCGACAACUUCAAUCAGGAGAGCAAAGAGGUUGCCCUGGAGAUGAUUCACACCAUACGGGAGGCGUUCAAUGAGCUACUGGCCGAGAAUCAUUGGAUGGACGAUGAGACGCGCGCGGUGGCGAAAGAGAAGGCCGAUUCGAUGAAUGAGCGGAUCGGAUACCCCGAGAUCUUAACCAAUGCCACGGAAUUGGAGGAGGAAUAUGUCAAUCUGACUAUUGUGUCGGAUAACCUAAUGGACAAUGUGCUGAGCAUACUCCAAUGGGAAUCGCAGAAGAUGCUGCACUUGCUCCGCCAGCCGGUUGACAAGGAGAAAUGGACAACCGAGCCAGCUGUGGUGAAUGCGUUCUACAAUCCCAACAAGAAUGACAUUGUGUUUCCCGCUGGGAUACUUCAGCCUUUGUUUUAUAGUCAACACUUUCCCAAAUCCCUUAAUUAUGGCGGCAUUGGUGUGGUCAUUGGUCAUGAGAUCACGCAUGGAUUCGAUGACAAGGGACGGCAAUUCGACAAGGAGGGCAACAUGAUGCAAUGGUGGAAUAAUGCCACCAUUGAGGCAUUUCGUGAGCGGACGCAGUGCGUCAUUGACCAGUACUCGCGAUACAAGAUCAACGAGGUGAAUAUGUUCAUGGAUGGACGUAUGACCCAGGGUGAAAAUAUAGCCGACAAUGGCGGGCUAAAGCAGGCCUUCAGGGCCUACAAGAAAUGGGAGCAACUACACGGGCGGGAACUGCAGCUGCCCGGGCUCAAUAUGACGCACGAUCAGUUGUUCUUUCUCAACUACGCCCAAAUCUGGUGCGGUUCUAUGCGUCCCGAGGAUGCCCUAACCAAAAUACGUUCCUCGGUCCAUUCCCCUGGCUUCGUCCGUGUCCUGGGACCGCUCUCAAAUUCGCGGGACUUUGCGCAUGCCUACACCUGCGCCGUGGGGACCACAAUGAAUCCGGCGGAGAAGUGCAGUGUGUGGUAGAACGGAUGGAAGGAUGGAUGGAAUAAGUGGAGGGAUAUCUAGUGAGGAUGUUGGCAUAAGUUUAUUUUUUUAUACACAUACAUACACAUAUAUAUAUAUUUAUAUA